UUCUCGAAGGUGAGACUAUCCAUUCAGGAACAAUGCUCCUGAAGAGGGUGGCAAAUAUUCGAUUUUCUAUAAACCAGCCAACCAACAAAAAUAUAAAAUAAAUUCUAAAAAGUUCAAUAUUAACUCCAAACAUACAACAGCAGAUGGAAUUCAUAAGUAAUUUAUUAUUUUAAAAUAAUGGUGUAAUUAGUUUAACUAUCAAAUUUCAAUUAUCCAAGGUCAGGCGGUUGCCUCUUUUCCUUCCUGAGCUGCAAAUAUUGUUAGCAGACUAAUUUUUAGCAAUUUAGAAGUCAUAGAGUUUUUUCUGCAUUCUAAUUUCAGUAUUGUAGGCUACUUUCUGAAGUCAGUGAAUUCUCCUAUAAUAAAAACCUCAGACCAAACCAAAACCAAAACCCAAAACGUAAAUUUGUAGUUUGGGAAAUGCUCUCACUCGGAAAGAAAUAUUCCCAGUUAGUCCUUUCAUUUUAUUGGAAACUAACUAACUUUCUUUCUUUCUUUCUUUCUUUCUUUCUUUCUUUCUUUCUUUCUUUCUUUCUUUCCUCGCUAACUAUAUCGUUAAUGGCACACAGCACCGCUAACUAAUCUAUUUGGCCCUUCCUCCCUUUUAUAUCAAUUUCCGAAUCUAGUUAUGUUAUCACAGCUCGCAAUCUACAAAGGGAUAAAAGAUCCUCUAAUAACUAAAUUAUCAUACAAUAACAACGUUUAAAAGCCCCGGGGACAGAUUAUAGAGAAACAAAUACUGAUUUGCAAUUAGUUGGCCUCUAUUUCACAGGAUCUAGCAGUCUCAUUUCCACCUUGAUAUAUAAUGUAUGCCCAAUCCUAAAUCAAGUGAUUUUGAAAUGGAGAGUUGUAAACGAUUGUCAUUUUAUUUGAUGUAUUAUGCAAUGUCAAUUUCUUUUUCUGUAUACUACAUUUUAGUUUCUCGUUGAUUUCUGAUCCGCCCCCCAUCUUUCCUCCCCUCUCCUUCUUCUCUGCCCCCCCUCCAAAAAUGCUAGAGAAAUAAAAUAUUUGUGCCCAAGAUGAAUUUGCGACUGGUAGCGCCGAAUUUAGGUCUCUCUCUCUCUCUCUCCAUUCCACAGGGAAGAGGGGGAAAUAAUUGGCCACAAUAAGCAGCAAUCACAGUGUAGCAAAGCUCUAACUCCCGUGGCUUUGAGCAAAAUCUUGUUCUCCUGUUUUAAGAGUCCGAGGUCACCUAUUUGAGAGGUAUCUGGUCGAACUGCGGGUUUAGGGGAGGUGGUUGGUGCGAUGGAUACUAGGAUGCGCCUCGGAUUUCGCUCCCCUUUCUGGCUGCACAGUUUUUUACCAUUGCUGGGACCUCUCUCCCCAACUCGGUAAAAGACGGUUUGGGCUGCUCCUGCUGCUGCCCGGGCUCCUCCGGCACUCACCAUCUUUCCAUUUCCUGAUCCGGGGUCCGCAAACAGCGCAGCAAUUGGCCCUGCCGGUCAGGUGGUGGUGUGUGUGUGUGUGUGUGUGUUGUACGCUCGGGUUUGGGGGGAGGCCCAAACUUUGGCAGCCGGCACUUGACAGCGGCGAGGGGGAGGGAGGGAGGGAGGAAGGGCGGGGGAAGGAGAGGGGGAGAAGGAGGAGGGGCCUCGCCGAGCCCAGAAAAACGACAACGCGAGAAAAAUUAGUAUUUUUGCACUUCAACAAAUUAAUGACCAUGAGUUCGUUUUUGAUAAACUCCAACUACAUCGAGCCCAAAUUCCCGCCCUGCGAGGAGUAUUCGCAGCACAGCAGCAGCAGCAGCAGCAGCAGCACCUACCACCACCACCAGCCGCACCUGCACCAGCACCCCGCGCACCCGGGCCAGUCUCUCCCCGACUACUACCAGCGGCCCAGCAGAGACCCUGGAUACCAGCCACCCCCGCCACCUCCUCCUCCUCCUCCUCCUCCUCCCGAGGCGCUCUACUCCGCGCAGCCACCCGGCUACCCCGAGGCACCCUACAGCUACAGCAGCGCCAGCGCCACCCCGGGCCAGGAGCAGCCACCCCCGGGCGCCUCGCCUCCACCGCCGCCACCGCCGAAGGGGCACCAUGUCCAGUCCCAGCCCCUGCUCCAAAGCCACGUCCUGCAGCACCAGCGCCACUGCGAAGCAGCCCCCGCCGCAGGGGCCGGGGCCAGCCCAGGCUGCCCCCUCCUGCCUGACAAGAGCCUGCCUGGCCUCAAAGGCAAAGAGCCCGUGGUCUACCCCUGGAUGAAGAAGAUCCAUGUGAGCACUGUCAAUCCCAAUUACACUGGAGGGGAACCCAAGAGGUCUCGAACUGCCUACACCAGACAACAAGUCUUAGAGCUGGAGAAGGAGUUCCAUUUUAACCGUUACCUGACCAGGAGGCGACGCAUUGAGAUAGCACACACACUUUGUCUCUCGGAGCGCCAGGUCAAGAUCUGGUUUCAGAACAGGAGGAUGAAAUGGAAGAAAGAUCACAAACUGCCUAACACUAAGAUGCGCUCCUCAAACCCAUCCACUGCUAGUCAGCAAGCCAAAGCACAGACACAGGGCCACCGCCAUCAACUCGAUGGGUCAACACCCAACUCAUCAGCCCUAUCAUGAUUUUUAUAUUUGUUUUUUCAGUUGCCUAUUUUUGUUGUUGACCAUUUGGACCAAAACAACUGUAUACAGAAUCAGAAGAAACGUGCCCUGAACAGGGUACAUGUUGAAACCAAAACCUGGACAAAUUGUCUACAUUGUACAGACAUAAUGGUUCCAUUCCCAUCAUUCUUUUGUAUUUAUGAAAAUACGCUGUACCUUCAGUGUCACAGGGUGCUGGAUGCUGUAAUGGAUGAAUUAUGUACUCAAGAAGGACUCUUUUGUACAUAACACUUUAAAAAUAAAAUACAGUUAAAAUAAUAACUCAUGAGACACUUGGUGUAAGACAUUGACUUGAGUUGUGUUGUUUCGUGCAAUGUUCGUGGAUUCUCCAGUAUAUGCAGACAGAAGAAACCAAAUUUUAUGUCAUGGAGAUUUUAUGAAAACUGUCCCAUUACAGUCUGACAGGCAAUGUUUAAUGUACCAAGAGUUAUUUAAUUGUUUUUAAGCGUAGCCACUGCGGUAGUUGUGAUAUAAUCGUUUUCCCCAUGUCUCCUAUUGCAUUUAUUUAAAAAUAUUAAAGGCUGUUGCUGUCUUCAUAUCUGGCACGUCUAACUGUUUCGGUUUGUGUACAAUUUGUGAAUUUUGGUGUGAUGUAUAUAUUGCCAAUACUGGUAAUAAAGAAUAUUCUGUACAAAAAAAAAUUAAAGGCUUCAAACACAAGUUCAUGUAAUGCUGUUUCCUAAACGUUAUGCUUUGCUGAUAUAACUACAAUUAUUUAAAAAUAACGGCUUAUCACAUUGUUUUAACUGGAAUUAAUCUUGUCAAUACAGUUGUUUGCCUUCAAAUUUAGUUAAAGAGAUGCUCAUGUUAGUUGCCUGCCUUCACAAAAAGUAGAGCCUACUUGAACAAGUAUAUGUAUUAUUUAUUGCCUCGAUGACUUGUCUCCUGUAGCAACCUUGCCAGAGGUUCAGUCUGUCUAUUCAUUUAUAUGUACAUGGCUAUUCCCAUCCUAUGCACAGAAAAAUAGAGCUUUCACACUGAGUCAAUGAACUGAAAUGAACUAAUUUACUUUAGUAGAACUAAGACAGCUAACCAUGAUACACUUUAAAAAUAUCUGGCCAGUCAUUAUUUAUUCGUUCACUUGGUAUUUAUUGUGACUUGUCAAUUCACUAUGAAGAAUUAAGGGGAUGUAUGGGUGAUAAAAGUUUCUUUAUUUCAAAGGCAUCUAUUUUGAAAAGUGUUUGGUGUAAACAGAAAUAACCUUAAUAAUUAAAUGAAAUCUGGUACAAACCAGAGGUUUAAUCUGGUAGAUGUGUUCAGAAUGAUUCUGGAAAACAGUAUUCAGGUGUUUCAAACUCAUACUAACCUUCUCAUUGUCAAGGAUGUUGAGAAAUAUACCAAAGGUGGAAUUAUUACAAUAAAAUGUAUACAAGUUAUAAGGAUUUUCAUAUCACUUUCUCGAAAGUAUCAUUGACAUUGAAACGUAUUAAUUGAGCAGAAGAACUUGUAGGCGGAAACUCUAUCACUGUUUUUCUGCCAGAAAAAGAUUAAGGGCCACAUUUUAUUCGCCAUAGUCACGAAAGUGUGUCCAGGUACUAAACUGGAGUCGACGAGUCUUCUCUCGUGAGUAAUUCGAGCAAGAUUUAGUUCCUUUAUUUAAAUAUAUCACAAUUCACUCAGUAAGAAAGCACACUGGCACAACAAUAUUGUGAGCAUCACUGCCUGUCCCAGGAACACAUACCAUUUCAAUGAAAAAUUUAACAUGUAACUGGAAGAGUAUAUUCAGUAUCAAAGCUAUGGCAGUUGUAAAUACGUUUAGCAAACAGUGUUGUCUUCACAAUGAACAACUAACCACCCUGAAAAGUAUGUUUCCGUUACCAUGCUGCUGUUUACUAAAUCCUAAAACGUUUUCCAUGUUAGCUGCCCCAAUAUAAAGGAAACUGAAUAUAUCUGAAGGUGGGGUAACUGCUGGUAUCUCUCACUCUCUGCAACGUACAGCUCUUUGUUUUGUUUCUUAUGUGGAACAUUUCCCCCCAAUUUAUUUCAAAACCAAAUUAGCAGAAAUGAUCAAAAUCCCAAAUCAAACAUUUUAAUUGAUAAUAAUUUAUUACUGAAGACUAUGCUUAUAAACCUAUUUUCCCUUCGUAAAACUAAAUGAAAACACGCGCUGAAAAUAGCAAUUUUACUGAGUAUCAUUAAUCACCUCCUACAAUAAAUACUUCUUUGUA